AUGUGGCCCUUCUCCACCCCGGCCCACAUCCAGGUCGCCCGCCGGAAGCAGGCCGCCCGCGCAGACGCCCUCCGCGACACCACCCCCGCCGACCCGUUCUCACCCAAACUCGUCCACGAACGGUAUCUCUACGCGACAGCGUCCGAGAUCGUGCGCCAGAUCGCGAAGCGGGAGUGGACCGCGUCCGAGGUCCUCGAGGCCUACAUCGCCCGCGCCGCGCUCGCCCAGGAGCUCACCAACUGUCUCACCGAAGCGAUGUUCGGCGCCGCGCGAAAACAUGCGAAGGCCCUCGACGCCGAGUUCGCGAGCACGGGCAGGCUCCGCGGCCCGCUUCACGGCGUCCCCGUCAGCUUCAAGGACACCUACGACGUCAAAGGGCAGGACACCACGAUGGGCUAUUCAUCCCGGGCGGGCAAACCCUCGGCCGAGGAGUCGAUGGUGGUCGCGCUCGUCCGCAAGGCGGGCGGGAUCCCGCUCACGAAGACGAACGUGCCCCAGUGCAUCUUCUUCUUCGAGUGCUCGAACCCGGUCUGGGGUCGCUCCCUCAACCCCUACUCACGCUCGUACACCUGUGGGGGCACGAGCGGCGGCGAGGCCGCGCUGCUCGCCCUCGACGGUGCCGCCCUCGGCUGGGGCAGCGACAUCGGCGGCUCUCUCCGCAUCCCGGCCGCGUUCUGUGGGGUGUACUCGCUCAAGCCCGGCUUCGGCCGCGUGAGCAUGGCGGGCGCGGAAGGGAACUGGUCGGGCUUCGAGGGCAUCCGCACUGUCAAUGGGCCGAUGGGAAGAUCCGUCGACGACCUCGAGCUCGCCUCCCGCCUCGUCUUCGGGCAGGCCGCCCCCGGCGAGUCCUACCCCGCCCCGCUCCCGUUCCGGGACGUCGACCUGGCGCCACGCCUGCGCUUCGGCUUCUAUACCUCCGACGGGUUCGUGAGGCCGUCGCCGGCGAACCAGCGCGCGGUGCGGGAGGCGGUCGACGCGCUCCGGCGGGCGGGCCACGAGUGCGUGGAGGUGCGGGUGCCAGACAUUAAAGGGGUCAUGGAGAUCUUUAUGGGCAUCACCGCCGCGGACGGGUACAAGACGAUCUCAGCGGACCUGGGGCGGGACCCGAUUGACAACGGGGUCUCGUCGCUGCUGCUGGGCCCGUCGUUGUUCGGGUGGCUUCGCACCUCGAUUGCGUUCGUCCUCGAGCGAUGCAUGGGAGACCCGAUGCUCGCGAGCGUGGUGCGUGAGACGCGCUCGCGGCCAGUGCACGAGUUCCACAAGUGCGUGAAGCAACGAGACGAGUACACGGCGAGGUUCUAUCGCGAGGUCUGGGACAAGCACCAGCUCGAUGGCAUCAUAGCGCCCACGCUCGCCCUCCCCGCCCUCCCCCACAACUCCUGCCAGUACCUCGCGACGAUCGCCACCGCAUGCCUCCUCUACAACGUCGUCGACAGCCCCGUCGGCACGCUCCCCGUCUCGCGCGUCGACCCCGCCGUCGACCGCGCGCCCGCCGGCUACGACCCGGCGCACGCCGCGCCGGGCGGCUCGCCGCUCGUCGACAAGCUGCUCUACGGCCCGGGCGGCUUCUACGACGCGGACGCGAUGGCGGGCAUCCCCGUCGGCGUGCAGCUCGUCGGGCGCCGGUGGGAGGAGGAGCGCGUGCUCGGGAUGAUGCGCGUGCUCGACGCCGCGCUCGGCCCGCGCGACGUCGGCCGGCCGGGGUCGUGGACGGGGCAGGGCGCGUGA